AGAAGCAACACCAACCAAAGUGUAUCAUAUUCUUUCCAACUUCUAACUUCAAAAAAUCUUUCUUUUUCAAAGUACUUCUAAAUUUGAUAAUACAAUUUGUGAAAAUCUUCAAUAAUAUGACAUCUAUGAAAAGAAGCAGAGAAGAGAAUAUGCAAAUUGAAGUAGAGGCCAUGGCUAACUGCGCCUUAAUGCUUUUGUCUCGUUUCAACAACAACACUUGUUCAUACUCAUCAGAUCAUCAUCAUAUUAAUGAUUUUGAAUGCAAGACUUGCAAUAAACGCUUCCCAUCUUUCCAAGCCUUAGGCGGUCACCGUGCAAGUCAUAAUAAAAAGCCAAGAUUAAUGGGAGAGUUUGUCGUUGAAACCAACAAAAAGAAUAAGAUGCAUAAAUGUUCUAUUUGUGGUGUGGAGUUUUCUUUAGGUCAAGCAUUGGGAGGGCACAUGAGGCGUCAUCGCGAUGAAAUUAAUAAAACGACGAUACCAGUGUUGAACAAGUCGAAUAGCAGCAAGAGGAUUUUUUGUUUGGACUUAAACUUAACUCCUCCUCAUGAGAAUGUUGUUGAUUUCAAGUUAUCGCCAAUUGCAUCUCCUGUUUUGAGAAUUUUUAUUUAAAUUCUUUUCCUUAUACAAUUAGGAAAUAUGCUACCCAUUUAUUAAUUCUUUACUGAGAUAUCCAUGUCAACAUAAAUUGCUAUGAUGAAUUCUUUUUAUUAUCUGUUA